GUCGUGUGUAUCUAUUGGUGUGCUGUUUUCCGACCCUUUAGCUUCUGGAUCUCGCGUUCAUGAGGUUGUAUUGAAGAGAGAGCAUAGAGACGGAAUACACCCAGGACUUUGCCGGCUGUGUACAGCCAUUGCAUUCGUAGCUUAGAUCUUGUGGACACUGGGCGAGAUGGCGCGGGGGCGAAGCUGCGCCGCCGUUGCGUUAGCUCUGGCAAGCGUACUGCUGUUCACUGCGGCGGAGUUGAACGCGCCGGGUACAACCGGAGUACUCCAAGCUUCGAUCGGAGGAAAGCGAACGCUUGUUCUCGCUGACGGGCCGCAAAUCCAGGACAGUCACUCGAUGUUUUUCUCUGCUCUGGAGGCACGAGGACACGAGUUGGCCUUCCGGUUCGCGGGGUCGGCAGAUGUGCCCCUUACCUCCUUCGGGGAGCGUGAGUUUGACAACCUGGUGUUGCUGGCGCAGUCGCUCUCUGGAGCAGUGGAAAAGGGAAGCAAGGCGGUCACGGUGGCGGAUAUCAUGGAGUUCAUCGAGGAUGGCGGAAACGUGCUGAUGGCUGGGGGGGACAGCAUGGGCACGCUUUCUCGGUCGGUUGGGGCCUUGUGUGGAGUCGACUUUGACCCUCAAGGCUCUAGAGUGGUCGACCAUUUCACCGCGGUGAAGGAUGAGCAGCUGGGGGAGCUUGAGGGCCGAGGCGUAUACGCAAAUACGGCUAUCAAGGGCGAGGUCGCGGCUGACAAUGCUUUAUAUCUCGGGAGCUACAGCGCUGGCAGGGAUGGGGCGGUAGUGUUUAGCGGAGUUGGACAUGAGGUUGACGACGAAAACUACCUCGCCACAAAGGUCCUAACCGCCUCAGGAACGGCGUACUCUGCAGACCCGACCAACUCCAUAGGCAAAUUUCCUGAAAAUGCUGGUCGAGACACCCUUCUCGUCUCUGCCGUGCAAGCAAGAACAAACGCGCGCAUGCUGUUCACCGGGUCUCUGGCAAUGUUUAGCAACAGGUUCUUCACGCUACCAGAGGCGGGGAACAACGUGUUCUGCUCUGAAAUCAGCAAGUGGGUUUUCGCAGAAAGAGGGAUUCUUCGGGCGUCCAGCAUCACACACACUCGCCAAGAUGGCUCAGAUGCGGAGCUCCUCCUGAAGCAGAAAGAGCGACGCGAUCUGCCCAUGUCGCUCUUUCCCGAGCCGGAAAUCGCCAAGAACUCUCAGGUGUACCGCGUGAAAGACAACGUGACAUACUCCGUGGUGAUCGAGGAAUUCGACUCGGAGAAGGGCGGGUGGAGACCGUACACUGCGGAAGAUGUUCAGAUGGAGUUUGUGAUGCUGGACGCGUACGAGAGGAUUACGCUUGAGCCGGGCGCGAGGGGGCUCUUCAAGAAAACCUUUACCGUGCCGGACACGUAUGGUAUCUUCAAGUUCAGGGUGCAUUACAGACGGCCUGGGUACACUGUCCUGUCCUUCUCGACCCAGGUGUCGAUCCGGCCCUUCACCCAUAGCGAGUACGAGAGAUUCCUCGUGGCAGCAUACCCGUACUACGCUUCCGCUCUGAGCGUGAUGGUCGGUUUCCUCAUGUUCUGUGCGGCGUUUCUAUACUCCAAGGACGAAGCUCCGUCCACAAAGGCGUCCCAAUAAUUAUGACGAAGGGUGCGUGGAGUUGUUGAUCGGGGGUGCUGCACCAUGUUAAAUAGGAUCUGAUUGGCUGUUGUGGGCACGGUACGGGUUGACCUCUAUGCCAUCCAGGUUUAUGGCAUGGUUUUUGAUCAACUCGCUGAUUGCGUGGGUGGAGUUGCCGUUUGACGAUUGGUAGUAGGGGCAUAAGUGGAGGAUUAAUUCAAAUCUGCGUGUGGAGUGUUUCUGUUUUAGCGGGUGUGCUAAAAUCUCUGAGAGAUGCUUCUGGGCCAGGCGCUCGCAUUUGCUUUUGUUUCUAGGUCCUCUAUUCGAGGGCAAAGUGUUUUGGGUGUGUGAGUGCAGGGGAUCGACCUGUUGCACUCGUAGAAAAUUCCCCCAAACCCUUCGAUGAUUGCAAGCAAGGAUGGGAAGCAGCCUAUUCAAUGAAGUUUUUGUCGGUUGUAUGAAUUUGAGCGCGUUGUUGCAGCAAUUUUUCGAACACGUUUGCUGUGAUUUGUAUCCGUGUGUUGUUCCUUGGUCUGUUGAACCAACACGCUUGCUUUCAUG